AUGAUUUUUGUAAUGUCCAGGGGACAUUACAAAAAGGCAGUUGUUUUUAAUAAGCCCGGACAACGUAAUAUAUACGCACGUGUUCCAACUCUCCGUAUGAAUAACAAACGCAUCGCGGUAGUGAGAGACCUUAAAUAUCUUGGAAUCAUACUCGAUCAUCGACUGUUAUGGAAUAAACAUAUUCAGCACAUCACUGAGCACACAGGAUUCAUUAUGCAUGAGUUUGCCAAAGUGGCCAGAUCGACUUGGGGCCUAGGUGGCAUGGCCAUGAGCGCAAUAUACGAUAGUAUCUUUAUACCUGUACUUACAUACGGUUGUGGUACUUGGGGUGCAGCAGUAAAGAAAGAACACCCGCGGCAGAAAUUAACCUCGGCUCAGCGACGAGCAUUACUGUUAAUUACUAAAGCAUACAGGACCACCCCAACUGCAAGUCUGCAAGUACUUGCUCGUAAACCACCAAUUGAUAAAUACAUCACUCAUGUGCAGAGGAUAUGGAAAAUUAAAUGUGGCUUCCAUCUUGCCACACUGUCUAAUGUCUUUGACGCAGAAUCUUGGGAAGAAAACAUACCGUUCAAAUGUACUUUGAGCCCCUAUACUAAGUCCAAAUUUAACGAAAUCUCUCCUACAAACUGUGCUAUUAUCAUCUACACAGAUGGUUCAAAAUGUGAAAAUCAUGUCGGGGCUAGCUUUGUAGUCUACCGUAAUGAUGUUGAGAUUUACUAUAAUGUUUUCCGCCUUGGAGCUUUUUGUAAUGUUUUACAGGCUGAGCUUUUUGCAAUUUUGAAGGCUAUUGAUUGGUGUGAAGGAGUUGUCAAUAAUGCUAAAAUUGCGAUAGUAACAGAUUCUCUUUCAUCACUUACAAUGCUCAGGAAAGAGUCUACUCAUCCUCUAGCCUUUACCAUUCUACCAACAUUAAUUGAUUCCGACAACGAAUACUACUUCAGUUGGAAAAAGUCAUUACAAUCGGGGAAUAAGGAUAGUUGCGAAAGAAUAACAGAUGCAACUUUAAGAAGAAAAUUGCUUGAACCCACAAAAUUCACAAGACGAAUGGAAGGAAAUUUGCGAUUCUUGAAAGAAUCUGAUCUUUCUAAUCACCAAGUUAAACAGGACAGAAGACGACCAGGAGGUAGAUGGAGUGAUCAGAGAGCUCUUCAAAAUUGA